AUGGUCGUUUCAACACUUCAUGUAUUAGAGGGACGUUCUGGUUCUUUGCUUAGCUACAAAACUGCUGGCGGAUUAGGCCUAGUCGCUUUGAAACUGAACAUUGUUUCAAAAACAUCUCUUAACAGUGACCAACUUAACAGAGACCGUUAUCCACAGCUUUUUACUAGAAUAGGCCAGCUGAAUAAUUUUGAGGUCAAGCUGCAUAUUGACUCAUUUGUGCCGCCUGUCGCCCAGGUCGCGCGAAGAAUUCCGUUUUAUAUGCGGAAGAAAGUUGAAGCCGCGCUGGAUAAUCUUAUACAUCAAGAUAUAAUAGAGCGUGUUGAUGGACCAGCACCCUAUGUUUCUCCGCUGGUUAUUCCUCAAAAGGAUGGAGACGUCGAUAUGAGAAUACCAAACAGAGCCAUUCAAAGGGAGCGACGCCCCAGCCCACAGUGGAUGAUCUUAUACAUGCAAUGA